AUGAACCGCCACAACUCCCAUAUCAUCAGAUCUCUUAACGGGACGCCGGGAGGUGUUUCAAGUCGGCGACCGGAUGUUGAGGCAGAUAAGGACUUCGAUGUUUUGUCGUUCAUUGAGUCUUAUUCUGACAGACAUGAAAUUGGUCAUGAGGUGAAGGAAGCGGAAUGUCGUAAGCAGGAGGAAAUGCUCAUGGAUUCUGCCAUGGAUUUCGUCCGCAGGGAGGCUACUGAUGAGAAUGGUCAGGUUGCCACCGUCAACCCCCAUCCCAAGCUCUCAAUUGCACACGAUCUUGUGGAAUUCGUCUUGAGCCGCAAGGUUGCAACUUCUCAUCUCUUUAGGCGUCAUCCGAUCCCUUCAAACACUGCCCCUCAGCCGUUCCCCCUCAACAUGUUCAUGGGUAAAUGGACAUCAUGGACAGCUUUCACGCUGUCGAGAUGCAAGGAAGUCCAGCCAGGUACUCGCCAAUGCUGUCAGCUGAUGAAGCCUGGCGAUAUUGAAGUCAUAACGGUUGCGAAUGAUAAAUUCGUACAGCUGAUGAGCCUUCUAACUGGUGAUGAGCUACUUAUGAUGUCAGCCUGGGAGAUGCCCGAUGCUUCGAGACAUGUAAGUCCUCACCUGGAGAUAAUGAAGCCUAACUUUGCUUUGGUUGAAGAGCGUGGUGAGAGAGUGAUUGCUUGGAGAGUUCACGGACUUGAUACCUCGUACUACAUGGAUAGACUGGGAUAUCGCAUUCCUGACAUGGUCUGGCCGCUUCCAGAGGUUAGCAAGGCGUGA